AUUAGCAACAGAUUAUCAACACCAAGAACCCCUUUCAUCUCUGUCAGUCAGCAGCGGUCUCCAUUAUGAAAGAUGCUGAUGAGCACCUCCAAUAGGAGGAGGAGCUGAGAGCAACCCCUCCUCAUCGCCCUCCCAACCACUCUGCUCCUUAUGUCACCAGCACAAAUAUUUAUGCACACACACGCAGAUCGGAUGUCAGACGAGGCAUGCAACAAGCUUAUACUUGGGAAGAGCUAGCAAGAGACUCGUGUAGCUUGGGAGAAGCCAAGUCAUUGCUGCAGGUGAGCCUGGAGAGGUCGAGCAAUGGAGGAGGACUACGUGUUCAAGAUCGUGGUGAUCGGCGACUCGGCGGUGGGGAAGACGCAGCUGCUGGGGCGCUUCACCCGCGAUGAGUUCUUCCUCGACUCCAAGUCCACCAUCGGCAUCGAGUUCCAGACGCGCACCGUCGACAUCGCCCGGCGGCGCGUCAAGGCCCAGAUUUGGGACACCGCCGGCCAGGAGCGCUACAGGGCGGUCACCAGCGCCUACUACCGGGGCGCGCUGGGGGCCAUGCUCGUCUACGACGUCACCAGGCGCCACACCUUCGAGCACGCCGCGCGCUGGGUCGACGAGCUCCGCGCCCACGCCGACAAGUCCAUCGUCGUCAUGCUCAUGGGCAACAAGGCCGACCUGGCCGCCGCCGGACGCGCGGUGCCCGCCGACGAGGCGGCCGCCUUCGCCGAGGAGCAGGGGCUCUUCUUCUCGGAGGCGUCCGCGCUCAGCGGGGAGAACGUCGAGCGCGCCUUCCUCAGGCUGCUCGAGGAGAUCCACGCCAACGUGUCCAGGAGGCCGCUGGGGGUCGCGGCGGACGAGGAGGCCAGCGCCGACGGGCACGGUGGCGCGGACGUGUUGAUGCUCAAGGGCACUAAGCUGUCGCUCGCUGAAGAGAUGUCCAUCAUGGAGACGAGCGCCUUGAGGAGAGCAAGCAGCUGCUCGUGCUCGUAAUGAUAAAUCGUGGUGCGAAGCUGAUUCUUUCACACAUAAAGUAGUCUGAAGUUUGGACAAGCAUGUUUCACAGCAAUCUGCUUGCGAUGGAUCAUCAGAACAAAAGAUCCAACGAUUUCUCAGGGAACACGGGAUUGCUUUGUCAUAGUACUGAUGGCAGGUGUCAAACAGUUUAUGCUCUGAAAUGAAUUUCCUUGACAGAGAUUAAA